AUGGAUUUAAAACAAUUUUUAAUUAUAUUAUGCUUAAAUUUUAUAAUAUAAGCUUAAAAUUAUUAAUGUACAUAGGAUUUAGAGAGCAAAAAAUUUAAAAAAGUUAAAUUAUACACUAAAAUAAAAAUAUUAAUUAAUUUAAAAAAGGGAGAUAAAGUAGUAUUAUGUGCGCAUUUUACAUAAAUUGGAAAAAUUCCAUUUGAAGUUACUGUAGAUAAAUAUGUAGGUCUUGAUAUAAAAAGUGUAUACGAUUAAGCAUCAAAAGUAACUGACAAAAAAAAUAAUAUAAAAUUACUGCUUUAAGUACAUAAUCAAAAAGCAAUAUCUACAGCAAUAGAUUAUUUAACAAUAGAUUAAAAACUAUAUCCAUUAUAUUCAGCUGUGAUUUAUAUUAGAGAUGGAAGAAUUAUAUCUGUAGAAUGGGAUAAUGCCUGUUGGGACGUAAAAUAGUAAUGUGGAUAUUAUAAUGUUAUUGGAAGUGAUAAUAUAUCAGUUGAGGAAAGAAAUAAUUAUAUAAAAUAAUCUGAAUGUACAUCAUCUCCCAAAAUUAUGUGAACCUAAAGUAAUAUUUAUUUAUUCAAUAAAAUAUCUUUCAAUAUAAUAAUUAUAGAUUUAUGUUUCUUGGAUGGGAACUGAUUCAAAUGAUGAUCAUAUGACAUCUGGAGGUUUAAGAAUAUCAUAAUUUAAAUAAUUUUCUACUGGUGAGAUUUAUGCAAGUUCGAAGAAAGCAUUUUAAUAAAUAAAAGAUAAAAUAUAAUGACAUAUACAUAAUUAAAUUGUAAAAAUAAGAAUAUUAUAGAAGAAUUUAUAAAUAAUAUUUUUUCAUAUAAAAGUAUAAAUUAUUUAAGCACUUUCGUUUUCUUAUUUAUCUUAUUCACUAUUAAUAUCCUUAUUACUUUUUUAAAUAAUACUUUAAUUAAGUAUUUUAUCUUUAUAAAACUUCACUUUUUUCUAAUUUCCUUUAUAAUCUGUAAUAAUCCCUUCCCCAUGCUUUUUAUCAUCCAAAAAUAAUCCCUCAUACAUAUAUUUUUCUCCAAAAUAUUUUAUAUUUCCUUUUCCACAUUUCAUUCCGUUUUUGUAAUUUCCCUUAUAUUCAUAUACUCCUUUUAUAAUUUCCACUCCAUAAUUUUCUUUUUUUCCUUUAAAAUAUUCUCCAUGAAAAUAGAUUCCCUUAGAAGCAUCUCUAUAUUCCCCUAUUCCAUGUUUAAGUCCAUUUUCGAACAUUCCUUCAAAGCUUUUCUAAAAAUCUCCCCCAUAAACAAUCAUCCCUUUCCCCUGAUACUUAUCUAACGAAAACUAUCCAGUAUAAACAUCUCCAUUCCUAAAAUAAAGUAUCCCAUUCCCAUGUUUUUCAUGUUUGGGUUGAUUUUCAUCAUAGAAAAUAUCGCCUACAUACUUCAAUUUAUCAUCAUAGUAAUACAAUGUACCUUAUACAAGCUAAUCAUUAAUAAACAUUCCUUCACAAAUAAUCUUAUUACCCGAAAAAUACCUUCCGAAAUCCCAAAACUUCCCUUAUAAAAUCCCUCCUUAAUACCUAUCCCCAUUCUAGAACAUAAUAUUAGUUUAAUAAACGCAAUCUUUUUCCACAAAACCCUCUAUUUCUAUUUAAUUUCCGAUACAAAACAAGGACCCUUUAACAGGUUCCCAAUUAAUAAGAUUGCCUUAAUACUUGCACCCUUCUAAUAAAUGCUAGAGUAUAUUUACGGAAUUUCCAAAGCCUUUCACAGCCUAUAAUAGACUUAUAUUUUUAUCAGAAAUUCCAUAUAUAUCAUUAAAAAUGGUAUAUGAAUAAGUUGCAUAAUCAAACAAAAAAGCCUUAUUAUUGUUCCCUUGGAUAUAAAGACUCUUAAAUUCGCUUAUAAAAAGGACUUAUGAAACAUUUUAACCAACUAGAGGUUUAUUAUUAUUUUCGUCAAAAUCACAAGCUUACCAAUUUCCGUAGAAAUCCACGAAUUUAUUCUAUGUUUAAUAAAUAUUAUUUAUUUAAUUCAUCACUUUUUUCAUUUGUUGGCUUUCUUUAAAUUAAUCCGCUUUUUCAAAAGUAUCUUCUAAAAAACUUUUUUCGCAAUCUUAUUUUGGCAUUCUAGUUAAAUUAUCCAAACCAAAAAGUUAAUUUUUCUUAAUAAAACGAUUAGUGAGCAUACCACCUGAUGGUUAGCCGUUUUUAUCGAAAAUACCGCUAAUUAUUCUUUCUUCAGGGAUAUAUAAGGUAC